AUGAAAGAUAACACUCGCUCGGCGACACUCGCCAAGCGUUUAGAACUCACGCCGAGAGAGCAACCAGUGGUCAUUUCUCUACAAUAUGUUUGGACUUGUUACAGAAAUCUUGUGUCGCAUCGGACUCCCUACUUCGCGGAAGACGAGGCUCCACUCUUCGAGUUUGACGACCUAGAAGAAGAUCCACCGCCGCGCUCAUCCAUCGCGCUCAACGGGAUCAAGGCUCGCGUGGAUCGCGUGAACGUGGAUGGACUGGACCGCACUCAGGAUGACGUCAUCCGAGGCACCGUCGAUGAUCUCUUCAAGGCACAGGACUUCGAAGACGUUAUUGUACGCGCACACAAGGUGAGGCAGGCACUAGACAACCUUGGAUGCUUCCGAAAUAUCUGCGUGUACAUCGACGUAUCAUCAGGACCCGACGCCACGCCCGACGGACUCGAGGUAACGUUCCAAGUGCGUGAAAUGUCUCGAGUGACGGGCGGUGUGAACGCAGCGGUCGGUGAAAAUGAAGGCAGCGUCGUGUUCGGCCUUCGUCUCCCGAACCUGUUUGGUCGUGGCGAGCGUGCACAAGCUGCCUAUAGCCAUGGAUAUCGUAACACCGCUAGUUUUAAUGUCACUGUUUCCAAACCACUUCACUUCAAACCUUAUUUACCUGUGGUCUCCGGGUCGAUAUACCAGCACAGCCAGGACUACCCCUGGUCAGGAUACCAUCUCCUCGACCGCGGCGUGCUCUUCGACGUCGCGUUCAAGACCUCGCCCACGACAAAACACACCGUGCAGUGGGAGGGUCUGGUGCGUGACGUCACAGUGCUAAACAAGACCAGCUUCAAAAUACGGGAGAGCAGUGGUCCACACUUAAAAUCAGUGCUCCGCCACACUAUCAGCGUGGACCACCGCGAUGAAGAAGUCUUCCCGACGCAAGGGGUCUUCGUACAACUUAGCCACGAGCUGGCCGGGCUGGGGGGCAGCGUGGCUCACGUGAGAGCCGAGCUGCGAGCUCAGGCGAGCCACACGCUCAAUGCUGAAGCUGGCGUGGUGUUACAGGCUUGCGCGGCGGCCGGCGUCCUACACGAUGUGUACGGCACUGCGCCCCCUGACCACUUCUUCCUCGGAGGACCCACCAGUGUGCGCGGCUUCCAGCAGAGAGGGUUAGGCCCACAUUGUGAUGGACAGGCUGUCGGUGGGAGGGCAUAUUGGGCAAGUGGCGUCCACCUAUUCGCGCCGCUCCCAGUACCAGGCGGUCGCACAGGACUGGGCGCUCUAUUCCGUUCCCACUUGUUCUUGAACGCCGGCUGCCUCGCCUUCCCAGGUCAGAGACUCAUCUUACGCAUAGGUUAGCCUCUCGUAUUAGGAUAUUAUUUUACGAGUAUCAACAUUUGUCUAGCUUUUUCUGGGGUCAGUGUGUCACAAGGAGCGAAUAACCGUCUGAUUUCAACCCAGUUACCACUGAAACCCAAUAGUCUUUGGAAAGACUGGCUGUCUGAUUUUCUGGCUGAUAUUGACUGACUGCCCGUAACGACUGCCAAAGAUGUUCAAAUGACAGGCGGGACCCGGAACUUUAUUAUAUAGAGAACUUAAUUAGCACUCUCAUAGUCCGGCGGAGCGGCAAUCCGACACCAUCGGAAAGAGAUUAAGCGCAGGACCGACAAGAUACACGAGUAUAUCAAUCACCAACUUCCAGACUCCGGGCUGAUUUGUGAAAAUUUCUAAAACUCACAUGGCAAAUUCAGCCCGUCCCGGCGAUUGGACCCGAGACCUCGUGCUCAGUAGCCGCGCUUGCGUCAGCUAGUCCAAGCAUAAGCUUGUGCACUACAUGUCCAGUUGGCUAAUCUCCUUACAUGAGACCAGCCGAUAAUCGGCUAGGAGGACAUCAUCAUCAUCAGCUAUUUCAGAGCACCGCGGCCAGUGGUCGGGGGCGCAGCUCCAAGCUCUCUCCCUGGCGCGGGUAUCCCUGGGCUUGGGGCUGUGUGUACGGCUCGGGAGGGCCGCCCGGUUGGAGCUUAACUACGUGCUGCCGCUUAGGGCUUUGCCCCCGGAUAGACCGUAUUCAGGCCUUCAGUUGGGACUCGGCGCUAGUUUCUUAUAGAAGUUCAUACAAUGAAUAUAAGAUGAAAAAGUUUGCCGAGCGCCUUGCCAAGUUCUGUGCUGUGCCCGUGUUGUGUGCUGUCCGUCAUGUCCGUCACGUCCAGUAAUCUCUGUUUGUCACGAAUUUAUUAUCGCGGUUCAAAUUAUAUAUACCAACCAUUUA